AUGUUCCGCAUAGUUAGGUUCUUCUCUACCAAAAAAAAUCCUCGGGUGUUCCUUGACAUAUAGAAUCUGCACUGCUAUAGCCUGUCUUGGCACUUUUCCAUGGCAACUUCGAGCUCUGGCAAGACACUUAAAGUUGAUAAGCUAACUCUAUUUGACAAUUUUUUGCAAAAGUAUGGACUUUUUUCCACAUUUAGGUAGCUCACCAGAACUCAAAUUGCUCUAGAAAAGAGUGCACCAUGGUAGGAUAUAUCAGUACAGAUGCUAUAGCGGUUGAAGGUGAGCAGGUUGGCCGCAUGCUAUUUGAGCUUCGUGCUGAUGUGGUUCCAAAAACUGCUGAAAAUUUCAGAGGACUUUGCAUAGGAGGUUAUGGAAAAACAGACACAGGACUUCCACUGCAAUAUAAAGGCGUAAAAUUCCAUAGAAUAAUCCCAGGGUUUAUGUGCCAAUCUGGCGAUUUUACGAAGGGAAAUGGAACAGGUGGAGUUUCAAUUUAUGGAGCCAAGUUUAAUGAUGAAAACUUUACUUUGAAGCAUAAUGAGCCUGGAGUUUUAAGCAUGGCUAAUAGCGGGCCUAACACAAACGGAUCUCAAUUCUUUAUUACCACAGUCCCUUGUCCUUGGCUAGAUGGAAAACAUGUAGUCUUUGGAAAACUAGUAGAAGGCUUCGAAGUUCUCAAAACAAUUGAAGCCCAGGGCACACAAAAUGGAACCCCAAAGAAAAAAGUCACAAUAAUCAACUGCGGACAAGAAGAAAAACAGGAAAAAGAAGAGUAA